AUGUAUCAGACACUGAGACAGGACCGAGUACUACAACACUGGGCCUAUGCCAAGUUUGCUGGCGCUCCACUCAAAGUCCACAAGAUCACCAAUCCCUGGGGAAGCCCCACAGGUACCUUGACGGCACUGAAGACCACGGAGGAAAGUACUGGUAGUCUUUCCAAAUCCAGUAAUAUCAUCAUUCACCUUAGAAAACAGAAAUAUAACGCUGACUAUGACCUCUCAGCCAAGGAAGGGGCAGACACUCUGGCCUUUGUGUCACUACUGGAGGAGAAACUGCUGCCUGCAUUGCUCUACUAUGACGCGCUGGAGUGCAUGACCCUGCUCUCUCAACGCCUGGGCUCACACAAGUUCUUCUUUGGGGAUUCCCCAUCCUCUUUGGAUGCCUAUGUGUUCGGUCACCUAGCCCCCCUCCUGAUGGUGAAGCUGCCUAAUGGGAAACUCCACCAACACCUCAACUACCUGGACAACCUGCGGCACUACUGCACCAACAUCCUGGUCCUCUAUUUCCCCUCAGAGGGCGGAGAGCCACUCAGUCACAAGGUGUCAGUCUAUUCGGACAGUAGUGACUUUGACAACGAGCCCAAUAAACGACGCAACCAAAUCCUGUCGGUCCUGUUCGCCAUGGGCUCGAUGUUGGGCUAUGCCAUUUUGAUGGGGAUCGUCAGCAUCCAGCAUGUACGACCGCAGGCAGCGCUAGUGGGACCCCGCCACAUCGAGGAGGAGGAAGAGGAAUGA